CACUUCCGGUCGGCAUUUUGUUCUCCGAGAGGAGCCCCUCUCGAUGAUCGCAACAAUCGUCAUAUUUCUCAUUUACUGUCGAAAUUGGCUCAAAACGUCGUCUAUGGCGACACGGACCGAGUGAAACCCCGAAGAACGAAUGUUCGCCCGCGAAUAUACGUCGGGAACUGGGCCCCUCGAGUGACGGAAGAAGAGCGAAACAGCCCGACCCGGAUUAUUGUUGAUAGCUACGGGGCUAGCUCGUCGCUAGCUGGCGAGCCAGUCGAGCUCCUUCUGGAGGAGCCGAGAGGGAAGAAAGGGGGAGCUAGAGACGCGGACACGGGCUCCAGCCAGCCCCCAGCGGCCCCGCACCGGAGGCAGAUUGAAGGUGUAGGACUUUAAUCUGAAAUGUCAGUGAGUCCACCAGAGACUGCACAGAAUUCUUCAAAAAGGUGCCAGGAGAUGUGAGGACGGGUGUCGUCCAUCGGCCCCCUAAUCUACCUGUGUAUCAACACACUCCCCACCCUCACCUUCAGCAUGAAUGGGGAUAUGCCUCAUGUUCCCAUCACCACUCUUGCUGGGAUCGCUAGCCUCACAGACUUGUUGAACCAGCUGCCCCUCCCUUCCCCUCUACCUGCUACCACCACUAAGAGCCUCUUAUUUAAUGGGAGGAUUGCAGAGGAAGUCACCUGCUUACUGGGCUGUCGAGAUGAGAAUCUGGCCUCCCAGCUAGCUCAUGGCCUCAACCAGGUGUCCACAGAGCACAUAGAGCUGAAGGACAACCUGGGUAGCGAUGAGCCAGAGGGAGAUGCACCACUGUUGCUGCAGACAAUGCUGGCCAGGAACCCUGGCAUCUUCAGGGAGAAAAGUAUGAAUACAGAUGUUAUGCAGCAGCCAAUGGUACCACCAUUCAAGAUUACCCAAAACUCCAUGCAUAGCCCUGCCCAGUCUGCAAACUUCCAGCCAGCUGCAAUUUCCCAGCCAGCUGCAAUUUCCCCCAAUCCAUCAAGCAGGUUUGUCACCCCGCAAACCGGUUCUAUUAGUUGUUAUAUGGGCCAACAGAACAGUCCAGUACCCAGCCCCUACACUCCUCAGAGCCCUGCGCCAGGUUACAUACAGCAGUAUCCCCACCAACAACCUCCCAGCUACAACCAACACCAACAGAUUCAACAAGUGUCUGUGGCAAGCCCAUUGGUGCCUGGUGGGAUAAGAAAUAUCCAUGAGGGCAAAGUCUCGGGGCAGAUGGCUAACGCUCCCAACCACCACUCAGACAGACAUGGUACUGAAGACUACCUGAAUAUUGUGCAACGACUGGGUAAUGAGGAGGGUGACUCCACCAUGAGGAAUACUUCUUUUCCUCUGAGGUCUCCGCAGUCAGGCUGCUCUCCAGCUUCAAGUGACGGAACACCCAAACCGGGUUCUCGGCCACCACUGAUUCUACAGUCACCUCCUCCUUAUACACCUUCACCAAGGGAUGGAGGACCUGACCAGAAGCAGCAGUUCCAACAAAGGAAGAAAACCCCGACAGUAAAAGAAGAAAAAGAUUCGUAUGACAUUGUUACAUCUCCAAACAAAGACUCUACAAAACUCACCCUUAAGCUGUCCAGGGUCAAGUCAAAUGAAUCUGAUCCUUCAGGCGAUGUUGUGCCUGGUAUGGAUCAGAGCUCGGACAAUAUUGAAGCAGACUUGGGCUUUCAACACGUUCCUGUUCUCCAGCCAACCCGGCUUCAACAGCAGCAGGUCUCCCAGCUGGCAAGUGGUGCUAGUGGUCUUCAGCAUCCCAGUCCCCCUAAUGAUGAUGUUGACCUUGAUGCCCUUGCUGAAAUUGAAAGGAUAGAAUCUGCUAGUGAGAAAUGUUCCAAGGAAGUGCAAGAUAAAGACAAGCCACUGAAGAAGAGAAAACAGGACUCUUUUCCGCUGGAGCCAGGAGCAGGGGGACCCGGUGGCCCUACAGGUGCUCCAGGCAGUGGAUCAACAGGAGGGGGCAAUGCUGGAAAAUUGACUCCACAAGAGGCCACCGCAGCUGGAAAUGGUGCCAGCCGCCCUCCCCUCAUGGUGAGCAUCGACCUCCAGCAAGCAGGCCGAGCUGAUGGCCAGCUCGACCCCUGUUUGGCUGCCCCUGUUCCUGCACUUGAGGCCCAACGCUGGCCUGAAGAACCAGCUGGUGGGCCGGCUGCAGUGGAGGGUUCUGACACAGCUUUGCGGCUGAAACCAGACGGACGACCAGAAGUCAUCAAGAACAGGGUUGAUAAACAUGACAACAGAAGAGAGGGUCGGGAGUCAUCAAAGCACCGUCAUGAUGAGAAGUCCUCAGACAGACGAGGAGAGAUGGCCAAGUCAUCAAAUCGAGGGGAGCAUGGACGAGACAGGGACCGCGAAUCUGACAGGGAUAGAAGGCAUCGGAAUGAGACUAGCAGUCGAGACAGACCAGACUCUCGCUCCCGAAGUGAUCGAGAUAGGUCUGGCUUCCAGGCCUCUUCCGCAGGAGAGCCUGGUCGGAGUGGCAGUAGGCAAGAUGGUUCCAAACCGGCGUCAUCUGCUGCUGGUCCUAAAAUUCCAGAUUCUUUUCCCGCUCAGCUCCUGGGAGGGCAUAGUGGAGCACUGAAGAACUUCCAGAUCCCUAAGAUAAAUCGGGAUAAGGAUGGCAGUGGUUCAGUUGAAGGUCAACUUUGGGGCCAACCUAAGGUUAAACUAGAAAGGCUGGGUUUGGUUAAGGAUUUUGAAAAGCGACCCAAACCUGUUGUGGUUUUAAAAAAGCUGUCAGUUGACCAGAUUCAGAGAAUCAUUCGACACAGCAAGUCUGGAAAGAACAGGUUCUCAUCAGGAAGAUCUGGAAAAAGUGGUAUGGACCCAGCAGUUCUGAAGGAGCUUCCCCCUGAGUUGCUGGCAGAGAUCGAAUCUACCAUGCCCUUGUGUGAAAGAGUAAAGAUGAACAAAAGGAAACGAAGCACUGUAAAUGAGAAGCCAAAAUAUGCUGAGGUCAGCUCAGAUGACGACUUUGAUGCAAACGGAGAAUCUGCAAGAAAAAGGCAUCGCAGAGACAAAGACAGAAGCUGGGAGUUUGAUGAAAGGGAGAGACGGGGUUCAGGGGAUCACCGGAAAAGUGGGAACCGAGACAGUCGACGAGGUUCAGGAAGCCGCUACCGUGACUCUUCCGAAGAAGAUUCACCACCACCUAGCAUGAGUGAAAUUGCAAGAAAACUGAAGAUGAAGGAGAAGCAGAAGAAACGGAAAGCUUAUGAACCCAAACUGACGCAAGAAGAGCUUAUGGACUCAUCUACAUUCAAGAGGUUCUUGAACAGCAUUGACAACAUACUAGAAAAUCUUGAGGAUGUGGAUUUCACUACCAUGGCAGAUGAUGAUGAAAUGCCUCAGGAACUAUUGCUUGGCAAACACCAGUUGAAUGAGCUGGGUAGUGAAUCUGCCAAAAUUAAGGCCAUGGGCAUCUCCAGCAGGAUCCCAUCAGACAAGUUGGUAAAGCUCCUGAACAUAUUGGAAAAGAAUAUCCAGGAUGGUUCCAAGCUCACCACCAUGAUGAACCAUGACCAUGAUGCUGAAGAUGAGGAACGACUUUGGAGAGACUUGAUAAUGGAGCGAGUCACAAAGUCUGCAGACGCCUGUCUGACAGCUCUUAACAUAAUGACCUCAUCGCAUAUGCCAAAGGCUGUCUACAUAGAAGAUGUCAUCGAGCGAGUUCUACAAUACACCAAGUUCCAUCUUCAGAACACACUGUAUCCACAGUAUGAUCCAGUCUACAGGGUGGACCCACAUGGAGGUGGCAUGUUGAGCUCCAAGGCAAAGCGUGCAAAAUGCUCAACACACAAGCAACGUGUCAUUGUGAUGUUGUACAACAAAGUUUGUGACAUUGUCAGCAACAUUUCUGAGCUCCUAGAGAUCCAAUUACUUACAGACACCACCAUUCUCCAGGUUUCUUCCAUGGGAAUCACUCCAUUUUUUGUGGAGAAUGUCAGUGAGCUUCAGUUGUGUGCCAUUAAACUUGUCACAGCGGUAUUCUCCCGAUAUGAGAAGCACCGGCAGCUGAUCUUGGAGGAGAUCUUUACCUCUUUGGCCAGACUGCCCACCAGCAAACGCUCACUCAGGAAUUUCAGGCUGAACAGCUCGGACCAGGAUGGAGAGCCGAUGUACAUUCAAAUGGUAACUGCUCUGGUGCUUCAGCUGAUCCAGUGUGUCGUCCAUCUCCCCAGUGAUAAAGAUUUCUUUGACGAGUAUGAAUCCAAGGUGGAUCAAGAUGUGUUGAUAACCAACUCUUAUGAGACAGCAAUGAGAACAGCUCAAAACUUCCUUUCAGUCUUCCUCAAAAAGUGUGGCAGCAAACAGGGAGAAGAAGAUUAUCGGCCAUUGUUCGAGAACUUUGUGCAGGACUUGCUCUCAACAGUAAACAAACCAGAAUGGCCUGCUGCAGAGCUGUUGCUCAGUCUACUUGGUAGACUGCUGGUACAUCAGUUCAGUAAUAAACAGACAGAGAUGGCUCUGAGAGUGGCAUCUCUAGACUACCUGGGGACAGUGGCUGCCCGUUUAAGGAAGGAUUCAGUCACAAGUAAAAUGGACCAGAGAUCAAUUGAUCGUAUCCUUCAACAGUCUACAGGCAAUGAUGACACCCAGCAGCUGCAAAAAGCUUUACUGGACUAUCUGGAAGAAAAUGCUGAGACGGAUGCUUCUCUGGUGUUUGCUAGAAAGUUUUACGUUGCCCAGUGGUUCCGUGAUGCUACGACGGAGGCUGAAAAGUCUAUGCGGAGCCAGAAUCAGAAAGAUGAGGACUCAUCAGAUGGACCACAACAUGCAAAGGAGAUGGAAACAACUGGUGAAAUCAUGCAGCGUGCAGAGAAGCGCAAGAAGUUCUUGCGCAACAUCAUUAAGACAACACCGUCUCAUUUCACCACACUGAAAAUGAACUCUGACACUGUGGACUAUGAUGACUCCUGUCUCAUCGUGCGUUAUUUGGCCUCCAUGAGGCCGUUUUCCCAGAGCUUUGAUAUUUAUUUAACACAGAUAUUACGAGUUCUUGGGGAAAGUGCCAUCGCUGUGAGGACAAAAGCCAUGAAAUGUCUGUCAGAGGUUGUGGCUGUGGAUCCCAGCAUUCUGGCAAGGUCGGACAUGCAGCGUGGUGUCCAUGGUCGGUUAAUGGACAACUCCACCAGUGUGAGAGAGGCAGCUGUAGAACUAUUGGGCAAAUUUGUGCUCAGCAGACCACAACUCACUGAGCAGUACUAUGACAUGCUCAUAGAAAGGAUACUGGACACUGGGAUCAGUGUCAGAAAGCGCGUCAUUAAGAUCCUCAGAGACAUCUGUCUGGAGCAACCAACCUUCAGUAAGAUCACUGAGAUGUGUGUGAAGAUGAUUCGGAGGGUUAAUGACGAAGAAGGUAUCAAGAAACUGGUGAAUGAGACAUUCCAGAAGUUGUGGUUCACUCCAACUCCAGCGCAUGACAAAGAGACCAUGACCAGAAAGAUUCUCAACAUCACAGAUGUGGUUGCAGCAUGUCGAGACACUGGCUAUGACUGGUUUGAACAACUUCUUCAAAAUCUUCUCAAAUCUGAAGAGGAUGCAUCGUAUAAGCCAGCCAAAAAGGCCUGUGUUCAGCUAGUGGACAAUCUGGUUGAGCACAUCCUCAAAUACGAAGAGUCCCUUUCAGAAAACAAAGGGGUCAACUCAACACGGCUAGUGGCGUGUAUCACCACCUUGUACUUGUUCAGCAAGAUCAGAGCCCAGCUGAUGGUCAAACAUGCCAUGACUAUGCAACCCUACCUAACUACAAAGUGUAACACUGCCAAUGACUUCAUGGUUAUCUGUAAUGUGGCAAAGAUCUUGGAGCUUGUGGUGCCGCUAAUGGAGCACCCCAGUGAAACCUUCCUCGCCACAAUAGAGGAAGACCUCAUGAAGCUCAUCAUCAAAUACGGCAUGACGGUUGUCCAGCACUGUGUGAGCUGUCUUGGAGCUGUUGUAAACAAAGUCACACACAAUUACAAGUUUGUGUGGGCUUGUUUCAACAAAUUCUAUGGUGCACUUAACAAGCUCAAGAUUCAGCAUCAGGAGGAUCCUAACAGCACAACGUUGGUAGCAAACAAACCCUUUCUGCUGCGUUCACUCUUCACCGUGGGUGCCCUAGCCCGCCACUUUGAUUUUGAUCUGGAAGAGUUUAAGGGCACCAACAAGGUUGUUAUCAAGGAGAAAGUUCUUGAACUGCUGCUAUACUUUACUAAACAUGAGGAUGAGGAGGUCAAAACCAAAGCAAUCAUUGGCUUAGGUUUCCUUGUGAUCAUGCAUCCCAGCCAGAUGUUUGUACCUGAUGUGAAGAACUUGUACAAUGGCAUUCUGGCUGACAGGUCCUCCUCAAUCAACCUCAAAAUCCAGAUCCUCAAAAACCUGCAGACAUACCUUCAAGAAGAAGACACACGAAUGCAGGAAGCAGACCGAGAAUGGAAGAAACUGUCCAAGCAGGAGGAUCUGAAGGAGAUGGGAGACAUUUCUUCAGGGAUGAGCAGCUCCAUUAUGCAGCUUUAUCUAAAACAGGUGUUGGAGGCGUUCUUCCACUCCCAGUCCAGCGUACGGCACUUCGCUCUCAACGUUAUCGCUCUCACACUUAACCAGGGUCUCAUCCAUCCUGUACAGUGUGUACCCUACCUCAUUGCCAUGGGAACAGACCCAGAGCCCAGCAUGAGGAACAAAGCUGACACGCAGCUGGUGGAGAUUGACAAAAAGUACACCGGAUUCAUUCAUAUGAAGGCAGUUGCUGGGAUGAAGAUGUCAUACAGUUUGCAGCAGGCCAUCCAUUCAUCUCGCAAAACCAUAAUAAGAGGCUUCAGACAUGACGAGACGCACUCAGCUCUCUGUGCCCAUCUAUACUCUAUGAUCCGGUCAAACAGGCAGCACCGGAGGGCGUUUCUCAUCUCUCUGCUGAACCUCUUUGAUGACAGUGCUAAAACCGAAGUAAACAUGCUGCUAUUUAUCGCAGACGACUUGGCUUGCUUUCCAUACCAGAGCCAAGAAGAGCCUCUGUUCAUCAUGCACCACAUAGACAUCACGCUGUCUGUUUCAGGCAGCAACCUUUUGCAAACCUUUAAAGAGCUUCUUCUGAAGGAGCCAAAGCGUAAGGAGAAGAAGUCAAAAAAGGACUGGGGACAUGCAUCUGAUGGGGAGGACAAAGUGGAAAAAAUGAACUGCGAUUUUCCCAGAAGUGAUGAGGGAGAAAACGGCAGCAGCGAAGACGAACAAAACGAUGACGGCGGUGUGGUGAGGCGGCCAAAGAAGACCAGAAGACGUGCUGCAAACUCUGAAAGCUCAGAAUCUGAAUCUGAUUUUGAAGAUUUGGAUGUGGAGGACGUGGACAAAGUCAUGUCGCUCCUCCCUGAUAAUCCCACUGGUCUCAUGGACUUCGCCAAUGCUGUUCAGGGCAUCCUGCUCUUGCUGGUGCUGAAACAGCACCUGAAGAAUCUAUAUGGAUUCUCUGACAGUAAAAUUCAGAAGUAUUCACCAACCGAGUCAGCCAAGGUGUACGAUAAGGCAGUGAACAGAAAAAACAAUGUUCACUUCAACCCUCGACAAACUAUGGAUUUCAUCUCCAACAACAUUGCUCGUGCCACACUGACAGAGGAUGUAAAAAGACGGAUAGUUAAACAGUACCUCGAUUUCAAGGUUCUGAUGGAACAUCUGGAUCCAGAUGAGGAGGAUGAGGAAGGAGAAGCAUCUGCCAGUGCAAACAUCAGAAACAAAGCCAUAAACGCUCUACUGGGAAGCUCUGGCACCAUUUCAGGACCCAGUCCACGCAACCAGGCGGGGCCAGAGACAGAUGAUGACGAUAGUGAGACUGACGAUAGGACCCCAGGGUCUUCACGAAGGUCAAGGCGAGUGGGUGACCCAUCGGAUCCCGGCCGUAUGAGUGAGACAGUGGACGCAAUGGAUGUGAUCGCCCUCUGGUGCCCCAAAUACAAAGACCGACCGCAAAUAGCUCGAGUCACCCAGAAGACGUCAAGUGGAUUCAGCAUCCACUGGAUGGCAGGUUCUUACUCUGGACCCUGGGCAGAGGCCAAGAAACGUGAUGGCCGCAAAACGGUGCCUUGGGUGGACACUAUUAAAGAGUCGGACAUCAUUUGUAAGAAGAUUGCCUUGACCAGCAACCACAAACUGAGCAACAAAGUAGUACAGACUUUACGCUCGCUAUAUGCAGCACGGGAAGGAGGGGCCAGCUAAUGGCUCCUUUUAUUUUUAUUUUUAUGUUUUUUGUUUUGUUUUGUUUUGGAGGGGAGUGGGGGGUGGUCUCCUUAUUCCAUUUCUACUUUAUUGAAAUCCUCUUCCUUGCUCCUGCUUCUCCUCCUCAACCUGCCACCUCCAACAGCCAAACUUCACUGGAUUCCUACCAUGCCCUUCUCCUUCCUCAUUUUUGUAAGAGAACAUAAAAGGGCAAGAAUAUUUGACACUACAUACUUUUACAUGGGUUAUUCUUGCAAAAAUGACACAAAACACAAGACUUAUAUUAGAGGGACUUCUCAUGUUUUGUUCGUGUACAUGUUAAGAGGAUUGAAUCCUGAAGGCAUUAAAGGAAUAAUUCACCCAAAUUAUCCCUUAAAAGGCUAUCAGUUAAGAAAUCUGGAGGAAAUGUUUUGUCAACAUUGUUGUGGGAGCUCCUUCGCUGUUGUGCAGCAGAUUCUAGUCGCUCAUUUUUACUCCCACUGUAUAAUAGUUUAACACAACAAAAAAACUAAAAUGUUUAUAUCUCUGAAUACAAAAAAGCUGUAAAAAAAAAAAAAAAAGAAUAAAACCUUAAGUGAAUGUUGGAAAUUAGUCUUUUUGAUGUUCUUAUUAAAGUGUUUUUGGAGUUUAUUAUACUACUUGCACCCUGAUGGUUUUUCCUUUUAGCUUUUAGAUAUUUGAAAAAAAGGAAGAAAAAUUAAAAAAAAAUAAUAAUAAAAAAUAAAUUUUUAUUUUUGUUCACGUUUAUUUGUCCAUGCUGUACAAUGGCAGAGUCAUCUGAAUAUAAUUUAUUCUAUUUCAAACUACGCAUGCAGUAUAUGUGGCCUAUCGGAGGAGGAUAUUUUGUAAAUGUAGAUUUUGUUGUAUUAGGUCACCCUAGUAAUAAGCAGAAAAGGGAUUCAUACCCUUUUUGGUGGAACAAAUACUGCAAUAAAUUUUCUACUUCUCUUUGUCACUUGUGUGCUCACAGUGUUAAUCUGAAGCUCUCAUUUUACAAAUGCAAAAAGAGCCUUUGAUACCACAACAGAUGAUCAUGUGAAAGAUAUAGCCAACAAAUGAUAAACAUGAGUACAAAAAUGA